AUGUGGAACGGGCAAAGGCACCUCUCUCCGCGCCAUCCGAGCCUCCAGGGCAUGCAGCUUUCGAUAUCCGCCAUCAGCAUCGGGAGGAAGAGAUCGGGGCAACCUGGUCACUGGAGCACUCGCUGCACCACGGCGACAGAGUGGAAAUACUGCCAGGAAACGGCGUCGCGCAAAGAGCGCUGGUCGGACGCCCACUCGGAUGCUCUCCAGCGUCGCCCUCUCGUGGUCUCCGCGCCCACCGAUUCGACCAGACGGUGUCAGGAUGCAAAGGGGCUCGAGGACUGGCGAUGUACCACCACCGCCAGCAGCAGCGCGAGGCGGUACAACAAGGUUAUUGCCAAGCACAAAGCUAAGCAAACCACUCUGAGCGCUGAUUGGCCUGGCCGGAAUUGA